AUGCACCGAACGAGAAGAGGAGUUGUGUUUGUUCCCUUCCCCCUGUUGGUGAACCUCUGCUUUAUCUUCUAUCCCCGCAUGACAACCUACUCUCCCCCCCAACCUUCCGCCCUCCCCCCGCUCCCCACCUCUCUCCCUCCUUCCCCCCCACCUCUCCCUCUCUCCCGCCCCUCCGUCUCUCUCUCCCUCACCACCCCUCCCUCUCUCUCUCCCCCGUCCCCAUCCUGUUCCUCCCCUACUCCCCCUCCCGAUACUCAGGGUCGUAGGCCGUACCUCACAGGGGACCCUGGCAUGGACGGUUACAGAAGUGCUGGCGACUACGGCAGACGCUCCAUGCUCAGCGAUAGCGAGUACACGCGCAGGCCCACAAUGAUGAGGGAGAGGGGAGACGUGUACCGCAGUUCACGACAGACGGGGCCGUCUCUCUCCUCCCUCACGGGCUCAUCGCUAGAUCCAGUAGACUCUGCCUUUUCCCAAGCCGCGGCGUACACCUCUCGCUUCCAGCAGCAGCACCAGCAGCAGCAGCAGCAGGUGCCACCGCCGCAGCAGCAGCAGCAGUACCAGCAGCAGCCGCCGUCGUUGCUGGAUGGAGGGAAUACAGCACUGGGCGGCACGGGCGUUGCAGCCGCAACCAGAUCUGUGGAGCGCUACAUGUCGUACCUCUCGGGCCGCUCCUCUCGACGACCCAACCUAGCAGCCAACCCCAACCCUCUCCUCAUCCCCGCGGCCUCCUCAGGGGCGUUCGCUGGCUCCAAUAUAAGCCCCACGAGUGAGCCCGAGGCCAAUGCAUUCCGCAGGCACCGCAGCCGGCGACGCGCCAUACAGGAGGAUCGCAUGGCACUGGGGGGCAGCAGCAGGAUGCACAUGCUGCACACGCGGUCAGGCGCCCUGCAAGGCACGGCAUCCCCAGGGGAGGGCGGCAGCGGCGGGAGCAUAGUGGGCAUGGGCAUGGGGCACGGGGCGAGCGGGGCUGUGAGUGAGAACGAGGGCGCAAUGAUGAUGAUGGGCGGAGGGGGAGGGGGCGGCGGUGGGCGCAUGGCGGGCACGGACUCUGGGCCUGAGGGCGUUGGGGGCAUGGGCGUGCAUGCAGGAGGCAUGGUUUCAGCAUCAGGAGGGCACAUGGGCAUGGGCAUGGGCAUGGGCAUGGGCAUGAGUAUGGGCAUGGGUGGGUUGGAGGAUGGGUAUGUGUCAUCGCCAGCAGGAGGCAUCACGAGUCCCAUGGCAGCAGCUGCUGCAGCCGCCGUUGCUGCCGUCUCUGGCGCCUCUAGCAGCAGUCCGGAGCACCCGUUCAUAUCAGCGAGGGCCAAGGCGUCGCUGGGCCUCAUGCACCGCAGGGCUGCCGACUCUGCCAUCGCCUUCCGGCGGAGUGGAGCAGGGUCAGAGGAUGCAGAUACCCCCCAGGGCUCUCUCAGCUCCAUCAACUCAGAGGGGCACCUGUCAUCUGCGCCAGGCUCGUCCGGCCUGGACCCCAUGCCACCGCCACGCAGACGAUCGCAAUCACAAGCACCAGGGCCAGGGCAGGGGCAGGGGGACAGUGCAGGGGAGGCAGGAAUGAGCGAGCAGGGUGGGGCAGCACCUGGCUCUGCUGCUGCUGCUGCUGCUCUCGGCGGCACGGGUAGCGGCUCUGGCAGUGGGAGCGAGCACCAGUUACAGUCCUCCCCUUUCCUCUCUCCCCUUUCCUGCAAAUGGGCUUGUCUGGGUCGUCGCCGCACCACUCUGGAAGGCAGUGACAAAGUGGCCAAGUCAUCACUCACACGCCCUCCCCCCCCCUCUCUUCCUCUGUCUGUGUGCCUCCCUUUCAUCCUAAAGGGGUCGUCGCCGCACCACUCUGGAAGUCAGAAGGUGCGAGAAUACAACGAGCUGAUUCGGAGGGACAGGAGGGCGCUGUGGGUGGAACCCCCAGCGCCACCCGAUGCAGCCGCGCCCGGGGAUGGAUCAGAGCCCUCUGUACUGCCCUCCCCUCUGCGGCCCACCCCACCUUCCAGGAAGGUGCGAGAAUACAACGAGUUGAUUCGGAGGGACAGGAGGGCGCUGAGGGUGGAACCGCCACCACCACCCCAUGCAGCAGCACCAGCGGACGGAUCAGAGCCCUCUGUACUGCCGUCCCCUCUGCCGCUCGUGCUGCCUGCUGCUGCUUCUGCUGCCUCUGCCAUGCGCGUGUGCCCCACGUGUCACCAGCCCCUGCCGCGGGGCUCUUCAUUUGCCACCACCCCUGCCACACCUGCCACCGCUGCUGCUGCCGGGGCCGACCCUUUCGCCCUCACACCCGGCUCUGCUGCUGCUGCUGCUGCCCCUGUGUCAGAUGGAACCAGCCUGAGUAGCUCUGGGUUCAGGGAUGCUUUGGAGCAACGGACCGUUGCUACCCCAGCUGCAGGAGCAACUGCAGCGGCAGGGGCGGGACAAGCAGCAGGAGGAGAAGGAGGAGGAGGAGAAGCAGCAGGAAGGGUUGCAGGGUCAGACGGGGUUGGAGGGGGAGGUGUAGGGGCAGCAGAGCAGAUGGCAGCAGCAGGAGCAGAUGAGGCGGGGCAGGCAGAGAGAAGGGAGGGGGGUGAAGCAGGAGCGAGCGCGCAAACAGUUGGUGAGGGAGUGGAGGGGUUCGGGAGGAGUGCGGUGCUUGAGAGAGUGAGGGAGGUGGGGAGUGGAGCAGUGUCGAACAGCCUCGAGAGAGUGGUGGAGGAGAAUAGUCUGGAAGGGAGGGAGGAGGAGGGGGAUGGACCGCACGAGGAUGCAGGAGCAGGGGCUGGGGCGAGGCAGAGAGAGGGAAGUGGCAGCGCGAGGAGGGGUGUGGAAAGGGGGCAAGCAGAGAGGAUCGAAGGAGAGGGGGGUAUGGGGACAGUGGAGGGAGAAGGAGAUGCUCAACAAGAGAGUAAAGGGCGAGAAGGUGGGAGUGGGGGAGCAAGUGAGGGAGAGAGAGGAGGAGGAGGAGGAGGUGGGGAGGGUGAAGCAGAGAGAGACAGAGGGCCGGACGGGCAUGAGGGUAGAGAGGCGGGUGCAGCGGAGCAGGGGGGAAGAGAAAAGGAUGAUACAUGGGAAGGGGAGGGGAAGAGGGGCGCGGGUGAGGGCAGAGAAGGGGGCACGGAUGCCGUUUCUACAAGUGCUGAUGGCAACCCCCUGGUUUCACAACCAGGUGCAGGCCCCUUGCUUGGAUCAGCCAGUCAUGUGGGGGGAGUGGGAGGGGGGGCAGCGGUGGGGGGAGCGAGGGCAGGGGCAGGGGGUGGGUGGGUGGGGCCGGGGGCAGCGGCGGGUGCGGUGCAGCAGCUGUCGUUGCUGCCGCAGCAGGAGUGGACCAUUGAGUUUUCGGAGCUCAGGCUGGGGAUUCGCGUCGGCGUUGGGUCGUUCGGGGAGGUGUUCAGAGCGGUGUGGCGCGGCACAGAGGUGGCGGUGAAGAUGCUGUGGGAGCAGGACGCCAAGCCCGAGGACACGGAGGACUUUUACAACGAGAUUGCGCUGCUCAGCCGCCUGCGCCACCCCAAUGUGAUCCUGUUCAUGGGGGCGUGCACGGUGCCCCCGCACCUGUCCAUGGUGACGGAGUACAUGCACAUGGGGUCGCUCUACCGCAUCAUCCACACGCGCGAGCCCGGCCAGGGCGGCGAGUCCCUCAGCUGGAAGCGCCGCUACAAGAUGCUCAGAGACAUCUGCAGGGGCAUGCUGUGUCUGCAGCGUAUGAGCAUCAUACACCGGGACCUCAAGUCCGCCAACUGCCUCGUGGACCGGCACUGGUGCGUCAAGGUGUGCGACUUUGGCCUCUCGCGCAUCGCCACCAACGGCCACGUGGUGGGCCGCACCGCCGCCGGCACGCCCGAGUGGAUGGCGCCCGAGCUGCUGCGCAACGAGCGGUGCUCCUUCAAGUGCGACGUGUUCAGUUUGGGAGUUAUUAUGUGGGAGCUUGCCACGCUGCGCCGCCCCUGGGAGGACUGCAAUGGGCCGCUGGAGGUGGCAUACGCUGUGGCCCAUCACAACUCGCGCCUCCCUGUGCCCAGCACCAGCCUUGGCCGCCUCAUUUCAG